UCAUCUAUAUCGUUGUCCGGUCAAAUAGACAUGUUCAAAGAAUACAUAAGAAAGCUAAAAGGACUCGUUGGAGAGGACAGAACAAACUUCAUCCUAGCCAAAUAAUAUUGUUCUUGCGGUGGAAGGCAGCAACGACAUUUCCAACACAUAGUUUUUGAGUCAUGCUAGAGAAGUAGAAUAUGAUAUAUAUUCGUGCUUACGUACACUGACCAAAUGGUUAGGUCAGCUUCUAAUUUCUUAAAGGAAAUAUAUCAACUAGGUGCUCGGAGGGUAGGAGUAUUCAGUGCUCCACCAAUUGGGUGUGUGCCAUUUCAGAGAACACUGUUUGGAGGAAUAGUUAGAAAAUGUGCAGAAAAGUACAAUGACGCGGCCAAGUUAUUCAACAACAAACUUGCAAAUGAGUUGGCUUCCCUUAACCGGAACGUGCCUAAUUCCAGGAUGGUUUACGUAAACCUUGAUGUUUGCAACCCUCUACUUGAUAUCAUUGUAAAUUACCAAAAUUAUGGAUUUAAAGUGGGAGACAGAGGAUGCUGUGGUACGGGCAAAAUAGAGGCCGCUGUGCUAUGCAACCCUUUGCAUCCCACGUGUCCAGAUGUGGGAGACUACGUUUUUUGGGAUAGUUUUCAUCCUUCAGAAAAUGUUUACAGAAAGCUCGUAGCUCCUAUUCUUCGAAAAUAUUUGUACCAGUUCCUCUGAGUUUCUUAUUAGUUUUAGUUUUACAGUCAACUUCUAAAUAAUGUAGAGUUUGGCACUCUCCUUGCAAGACCAAAUAAUUAAUUAUUGAUUUUAAUUUAAAUAUACUAUUAA